UUACAGCAGAAAGGCACAAAAAAAGCCAUUUGACUCAAAUGUCACUAUAGGCUGCCGUAGUAACUAAUAGCUUUAACCAUCCAUUUCCGGGCUAUUGGUGGCAAAAUUGUGUUCAUUAUUGGCAGCCAAAGCGGCUCAUAGAUCCACUGAAGGCCUUAAUUGUGCGACGUGAAUUGUUGCCGUGUGGUCCUCACGCCACCGUACUGGUAGAAUUCUUUCUCAGACAUAUCGAAAAACGGAGGAAUGAGGCGCACAAGAGUGGGAUCCUAGGGACCUUCCCCCUGUGUAUUUGCAAGAAUCACAGGUUGGCUGUUCUUAAACUUGCGCAAAAGAUUUCCGGAUGGCCCACGAAAGCUUUGGUGAAUGUAGGUACAUGUACUCUACGAGUCGAUCGCAACGCCGCUGAGACUCAAAAGUAACCUUUCCGACACGUUUAUAGAAACAUGGGUUGGUAGUUUUGUCCCUGGAUGAUAGGCUUUUAGGGUUAAAUCAUCAAAUGGAGAGCCAUCCAGAUGCUUCUAAAUUGACAUUGUCAUAACAAUAACUCCAGACAAUUUCGGCCUCGAUGCGCCAUGUCAGGUCUGCGUCAACGGACCAGUUCACCUCCGAGCGGGGCGGAGGGCGGAGGGCGGGGCUGGACGGCAGAAACGACAUAAAAUGGUGGGUAAGAAAAGUGCUCCAGCAAGCAACACAACCACGUUCCAUUUAAUAGAAGCGGCCCACGACAUAUACCCUACGCAUUUCUCGGUAUAGAACACAGCCAUUAAACACCAAAGAUGUCGGCACCAAGCGAUUUUGAUCCGGAAAAUGCCCAGAACUUGGAGGAUAUUGAAAAGCAGUUUGCAGUCAAAGCGGUUCAACAUAUGACAACAUACUGGUCCCUCCUGGAAACGACACGAGGGUCUAAUUUGCGCUUGACAAAAAUGGACGACGAGAUAUAUGAGCAUUUCAUGAGUGUGUUUCCCGAAUUUGACCCUGCGGCGACGAUUGAUGAGGAUGAGAUGAAGAGCAAGGGAGGCAAGGAAAGGUGGAGAUCUUUCCUCAUGGCUUACGAUAAGAAGGUUGAGGAUUAUAACUUCGGGACACUGUUGAGAGCCAAUCCCAAAUGGGAGUAUGGGGAGAAAGAGACAAUUUUUUCUGUUCGCAUGCAAUUCUACGCCAUCGAAAUUGCAAGAAAUCGGGCUGGAUUAAACGACUGGGUUUACGAGCAGGCACACCCAGAGGAGAAAAAAGGAUCAUCAUAACAAGCGCCACUGAACAUAUAACCACAUAGACUUCACAUAAAUACACACGAGGAACCUCACAAGGCGUUCACAGCUCGGUGGCCUUUGGUUCCAUUGAGCUUUAGUGUUCAAUUUAAGGCCACGUUACUUGCAAACCACCCAUGAGGAACAGAUAAUUUUUGAGAGAAUAUAAAAAUUCAGAUCGACCACCAUGUCACGAUUUUUGCCAAUGAUUUGGACUUUCUUUCAUAAUGCGAUUAUUUAGAGUGUUCAGCAAGAACAUACCGCUCUACACAUAAGAAACAAUUUGACAGGUAGGGAGGGGUCUUUGAUAAUUUUGUUGCUUGCAUGUAUAUCUGCAAUCGAACAAAAAGCCUACUCAAUAUAUGCUAUGUGCGGAAUAUACCAUGUAAUGUUAUGUUACUAUGUACGGCAGCCUGUAGUGUCACUAUAAAUUUGAGUUUUUUUGUGAUUUUUUAUACUGGUGUUACUAUGCACACAUAUUAAUCAUAUUGAUUCU